GCAGGAGGAAAAGGAUGAAAAGAUGGCUGACUUUUCACUACCGUGUUCUAACCAUUUCCGCCAGUUCACUCGUGAAUCUUUAGCUGCUAUUGAGAAGCGAAUUGCUGCCAACAAGAAAUACAAAGACCGCCAACCUAAAGAGAAACCUCGUCCCCAACUUGACCUGCAGGUUUUCCAAAAGCUGCCUACUCUCUAUGGGAAUCCUCCUCAUGAGCUUGUUGGGAAACCACUGGAGGAUCUUGACCCUUAUUACAAUGAUCACAAGACAUUUAUGGUACUGAACAAAAGGAAAACAAUCUUCCGAUUUACUGCCACACGUGCCUUGUGUAUACUUAGCCCUUUUAAUCCGAUCAGAAGAGCAGUGAUUAAAAUUUUGGUACAUUCAUUGUUCACUAUUUUUAUUAUGUGCACUAUUUUAACCAAUUGUGUCUUCAUGGCUAAAUUUGAGAUUCCUAGGAAGUCUAAUUCUAAGUCAUCUUUACCUUCUUCAUGGAACAAGUAUGUCGAGUACACUUUCACUGGCAUUUACACUUUUGAAGUAUUGAUAAAAAUAUUGGCAAGAGGAUUCUGUCUGAAUGAAUUCACUUUCCUUCGAGAUCCGUGGAAUUGGUUUGAUAUCAGUGUCAUUGCUAUGGCAUAUGCAGGGGAGUUUAGUAAUAUAGGCAAUGUUUCGGUCCUUCGUACAUUCAGGGUUCUGAGAGCUUUAAAAACUAUUUCAAUACUCCCAGGACUGAAGGUCAUCGUAGGUACACUUAUUCAGUCUAUUAAGAAACUUGCUGAUGUGAUGAUCCUGACAGCUUUCUGCUUGAGUGUCUUUGCCCUCAUAGGCCUCCAGCUCUUUAAAGGCAAUUUGAGACAUAAGUGUGUCAGAAAUUUUAACUCCACCAAUGGAACUAUUUAUUUGGAUGACAAAAAAUGGGGCUCCUUUGAUGAGUUUAUUAAUGAUUCAGAAAAUGUUUUCAAGAAGAAUGGCACCAAGGAUCCCUUAUUGUGUGGCAACAGCUCAGAUGCUGGCUCCUGUCCAGAUAAAUAUGUAUGUCUCAAAGUUGGGGAAAAUCCUGAUUUUAACUACACAAGUUUUGAUACAUUUGGCUGGGCCUUUCUUUCCUUGUUCCGCCUGAUGACACAAGAUUACUGGGAGCGUCUGUAUCAACAGACUCUCAGAGCUUCUGGGAAGAUCUACAUACUCUUUUUUGUGCUGGUCAUCUUUUUGGGCUCAUUUUAUCUGAUCAACUUGAUCCUGGCUGUAGUGACUAUGGCAUAUGAAGAGCAGAACAAAGCUACUAUUGCUGAAACUGAGGCAAAGGAAAGGAAGUUUCAGGAAGCCAUGGAACUGUUGAAAAAAGAGCAAGAGGCAUUGGCUGCUAAAGGAAAUGAUACAAAGUCACUUUGCUCCUUUGAAAUGUCACCUUUACCCUCCAAAGAAGUCAAAGAUAGAAGCAAUAGGAGAAAUAAAAAUAUGUCCUUAGGGAGAGAAGAUUAUGGGGAAGCUCAAAAGGUUCCCAAAUCACAGUCCAGUAGCCGUCAACAAAACUUGACUCCUGUAUGUGAUGAAGUGAGCAAGAAGCAUUUGCCUCAUCAUCUGUCAGUGGACUAUUUUAAUGAGCCACUACAAAGUCAAAGGACAACUGGGGCAGUCAGUACCAUUACCUGUGUCCUGGAGGAAUCGCAACAGAAAUGCCCUCCCUGCUUGAAGAACUUUGCCCUAAAAUAUCUUAUUUGGGACUGUUGUCCUCUGUGGUUGAGAAUCAAGAAAAAGGUGACAAUUUUAGUAAUGGAUCCAUUUACUGACCUCACUAUCACUCUUUGCAUCGUGAUGAAUACUAUCUUCAUGGCACUGGAGCACUAUAAGAUGACAAGAAGUUUAAAAUUCAUGCUUGACGUAGGCAACAAGGUCUUUACUGGAAUUUUUACUGCAGAAGUGAUCUUGAAAAUCAUUGCUCUAGAUCCCUACUACUAUUUUCAGCAGCGCUGGAAUAUUUUUGACAGCAUAAUUGUCACCGUAAGCUUAAUUGACCUGAGUGUAUACACCAAAGCUAAAGAAAGAAAAGAACGGGGAAACCUGUUAGUUUUACGUUCCUUCAAACUGCUGAGGGUCUUCAAACUGGCAAAGUCCUGGACAACUUUGAAUACACUUAUUAAAAUCAUCGGUAACUCAGUGAGUGCCAUGGGUAACCUUACCCUGGUUCUGGCAAUCAUAGUCUUUAUUUUUGCUGUACUAGGAACGCAACUUUUUGGUAAAAGCUACAAAGAACAUUGCUGUAAAAUAAGUGACGAUUGCAAGCCACGUUGGCAUAUGAUGGAUUUUUUCCACUCAUUCCUUAUUAUAUUCCGAAUUCUGUGUGGAGAAUGGCUUGAAACCAUGUGGGAUUGUAUGGUGGUAGCUGGGCAACCGUUAUGCCUUAUUGUCUUCUUGCUGACCAUGGUGAUAGGAAACCUAGUGGUUCUCAACCUGUUCAUUGCACUACUGCUGAACUCCUUCAGUGCUGACAACCUCCAGGCACCCGAAGAAGAUGCAGAGAUGAACAACCUUCAGAUUGCAUUUGCUCGGAUCCACAAAGGACUUCGCUUGCUGAAACAUGCAAUAUGGGAUUACUGUUGUGGAAAGCUCUGGCAACCAAAGAAAAUCACCAAAAAGAAAAUGAAAUUGGCUGCUCAGAACACAUGUGUGGAGAUUGGGAAAGAAGGGAAGAAUUGUAAAGAAAAUCACAGUGACAAUGUGACAGAGAAGAAUGGAGAGAAAUGCUCAGUUAGCAUUCUUGAAGAUUUUAUCACCAACCCCAACAUGUUUGUCUGCGUCCCUCUUGCUGAUGCAGAAUCUGAUAGUGAGGACUAUGAAGAUGAUGAUAAUAAGUCAAGUAAAUUCACAGAAAUGGAAUACAGUAAACAGCAGGAAAACCACCUGAGACAGAGGGGAGAGCAAUGUAAAAGACCGGGAGCUUGGUGUAAAGGAUCUGAGAUUUCCUCUAAAGACUUAAGUGAGUUUAACAUAGAUAAACAGUUGAAGGCUGGAUCAUCAUCUCUACUACAAAAAGAGCAGCUUGAUGACAUCAGCUGUUCUGAAGGCAGCACAGUGGAUCUGACAAAUCCUGAGGAGCUUCUGAAACAGAUCCCUGAGCUGGCUGAAUACUUAAAGAAACCUGAUAACUGUUUUCCAGAAGGCUGUAUUCGACAUUCCCCUUGCUGUUCAGUGAAUACCACAAAGUUUCCAGGCAAAACAUGGUGGAACCUGAGGAAAACAUGCUACAAAAUUGUUGAACACGACUGGUUCGAAAGCUUUAUCAUAUUCAUGAUUCUGCUAAGCAGUGGAAGUCUGGCAUUUGAAGAUAUACAUCUUGAGAAAAGAAAAAACAUUAAAAUUAUGUUGGAAUUUUUUGAUAAAAUCUUCACUUACAUCUUUGUCCUGGAGAUGUUUCUGAAAUGGGUGGCUUAUGGCUUCAAGAAAUAUUUCACCAAUGCCUGGUGUUGGCUUGACUUCCUAAUUGUAGGUGUCUCUUUAGCAAGCCUUAUAGCCAGCUCACUUGGAAAUACCGAAAUGGGACCCAUGAAAUCCCUUAAAACCCUGAGAGCCUUGAGACCAUUAAGGGCAUUGUCACAAUUUGAAGGGAUGAGGGUGGUGGUGAAUGCCUUAGUAGGUGCCAUCCCUUCCAUCAUGAAUGUUGUGCUUGUCUGCCUCAUUUUUUGGCUCGUUUUUAGUAUCAUGGGAGUGCACCUAUUUGCAGGAAAAUUUGGAAAAUGCGUUAACUUGACUGAAGGAAAAUCAGAAUUAAAUACAAGUAUUAAGAACAAACAGAAUUGCACAGCCUAUAAUGAGACACAAAAAAUGUAUUGGACAAAUGGUAAAGUCAACUUUGAUAAUGUUGGUUCUGGUUAUCUGGCUCUUCUUCAGGUGGCAACAUUUAAAGGUUGGACAGACAUUAUGUAUGCAGCAGUAGAUUCACGAGGGAAAGAAAAACAGCCAAAGAAGGAAAAUAAUCCGUACAUGUACCUCUAUUUUGUGGUUUUCAUCAUCUUUGGAUCUUUCUUCACACUGAAUCUCUUUGUUGGUGUCAUUAUUGACAAUUUUAACCAACAAAAGAAAAAGAUAAGUAGACAAGACAUCUUUAUGACAGAAGAACAGAGAAAAUAUUAUAACGCAAUGAAAAAACUGGGAUCCAAGAAACCCCAAAAACCCAUCCCAAGGCCAUUGAACAAAUACCAAGGGGUUUUAUUUGACAUUGUAACAAGCGAAGCCUUUGAUAUUAUCAUCAUGAUACUCAUCUGCCUUAACAUGAUCACUAUGAUGGUGGAAACUGAUGAUCAAAGUAUAAGGAAGACUGACAUUCUUAACAAAAUCAACAUGUUCUUUGUUGCCAUCUUUACUGUAGAAUGCAUCGUGAAAUUGUUGGCUCUGAGACACUACUAUUUCACCAAUGGCUGGAACAUAUUUGAUUUAAGUGUGGUCAUUAUGUCUGUUGUUGGCACUCUGCUUUCUCACAUUGUUAAUGCAUUUGAAAAUUACUUCUCACCUACACUCUUCAGAGUCAUUCGAUUGGCUCAGAUUGGACGAAUACUAAGACUUGUCCAAGCUGCCAAAGGAAUUAGAACUCUCCUUUUUGCCUUAAUGAUGUCCCUUCCUGCUUUGUUCAACAUUGGCCUCUUACUUUUUCUGGUCAUGUUUAUUUACGCCAUUUUUGGCAUGGCUAACUUUGCUUAUGUUCAGUGGGAGAGUGGGAUUGAUGACAUGUUCAACUUCCAAACCUUUGCUAAUAGCAUGCUCUGUCUCUUCCAAAUGACAACAUCUGCUGGCUGGGAUGGUCUUCUCAGUCCUAUUUUAAACACUGAACCUCCCUUUUGUGAUCCAAACAUACGAGAUGUUGUGGGAGAAUGUGGUAAACCUGUUGUGGGUAUUAUUUUCUUUGUAAGUUACAUCAUUAUAUCAUUUCUCAUUGUUGUAAACAUGUAUAUAGCUGUUAUUUUAGAGAACUUCAAUGUUGCCACUGAGGAAAGUACAGUUCCUGUGGGUGAAGAUGACUUUGAUAUGUUUUAUAAAAUCUGGGAGAAGUUUGAUCCUGAAGCAACUCAAUUUAUUGAGUAUUCUGUACUUUCAGAUUUUGCAGAUGCUUUGGCAGAACCUUUACGCAUAGCAAAACCAAACAAAAUUAAACUCAUAGCCAUGGACCUUCCCUUGGCCAGCGGAGAUAGGAUCCACUGUUUGGAUAUUUUGUUUGCUUUUACCAAACGGGUGCUAGGAGAAUCUGGGGAAAUGGACAAACUAAAAGAGCAGACAGAGGAAAAGUUUAUGGCUGCCAAUCCAUCCAGGUUUUUUCAUGAACCAAUCACAACCACGCUCAGACACAAAGAAGAGGAGGUUUCUGCCAUUAUUAUCCAGAGGGCCUAUAGGAGUCAUUUGAUUCAACGGUCCAUGAAGCAGGCCUCUCUUUUAUAUCACAGAACUUGUGAUGGUGACAUCCUUGAAGAUGCUUCACAGAAGGAAGGUCUCAUUGCAUUCAUGAUGAAUGAAAAUUAUGGUAGGAAUCUAGACAAGUCCGAGACUGUGUCCUCAACAUCUUUCCCUCCAUCCUAUAACAGUGUCACUGGGGAUACUAAUGACAACCUCCAGGUAAAGACGGCAGACUCUUCCAAAUGUGAUGUACCUAUAGGUUGUCAGCUAUCUCCAGACAAAGAUAAAGAAUCCAUUGUUUAAUAAUUUGUUAAUAAUGCUUUAAAAUAUUCACAGAAUAUAAUGAUGUAAAUAUAUAGCAACUGAAACAGCCUUCUUUUUAAACAUUAGUUGCAAAAGAAACAAGGGUUCUACCCUUAACUAUGGGAGUUCAUAAGCUGUCACCUUUGACCCUGCUACAUUCAACUUUACUCAAUGUUUAUAUUUAGAUAUACCUAGGAAGUAUCUGUGUAGAGUCAUAACUGUUAUAUUGGUGGCAGUUGUGAGUUAAGGCAGAAUCCUUGGAAUCUUGUUACUAUGGCCCAGACACAGAGCUGAUUAGAACUGCACUUUGCUUACUUCUGCUAACCAAACACCCACCCACUUAGAUUGGUUUGCCUCAUUAUGGACCAAGUUCAAGAAGUGGAAAAUAAGUUUCAAGAUGUCUGGGAAAGGGGUGGGAGAAAAUGUAAUGGUUUGUGAGGGUUUUGAAGUAGGGAGGGGGGUAAAAUAUAGCGUAAUUAACACUUUGAUAAUAAACCUGGUAGAUUAAUGACUCCCAAUCUUUUCAGUUCUGUGACCCACAUACCAUAAACAUAGCUAUUGCAUGACCCAUUGAUAUGUCAAACUGUACUGGAACUCCUCCAAUAUGAUGAAUUUAAACAAUAGCCAUGGUAUGUAUACUAUUGUAGUCAAGUUACUGCAGUAUAAUGACAUAAUGAAUGUAAUACUUAACAUUCCAGAAACAGUAAUGAAUUACAUUAGAAUUUUUUUUUUUUUUUUUUACACAAAACUGAACUGCUUUUCCUCUGGAAUUAUGAAGUUGGUAUCUUUAUCCUCAUCAUGUUUUCUUUCUAAAGAUCUUUGUGACUCUUAUGACAUCAUGAUAUAAUUAGCCGCAACUUCUCCACAAAGAACUCUACACCUUGGCCUGCCUUCAGUCUCUUCUACCAUGUUUGUAAAUAUUUAUUUGAGAUGCAUGGGUUCAUACUUUCUGUAUGAACCAUUUUGCUUUUCAUUUACUGAUUUGUCUUCCUUUCUGUUGCAUUGUCAGGUAUUCAGAGCCACAAGACCACUCAAGUCUCUCUUGACACUUAUAUUCCAUAUUUAAAACUGUUAAUUGUAUAUGUAAAUCACUUUUCAAGAUAAGAUUAAAAAAAAGUGGCAAGAUUUAUGUGACUAUCAUGGGUGACUGGUCCAGGGGAGGCACAGCUUUCCUUUCUUCCCCGCAGUGUUUUCAAACAGAAAAGAAGCUUGGCUUUGUGCCUGAGGCACUAGAUUGGGACUCUGAUCUGGGUUCAGUUCCUUGCUUGGCUACAGACUUUCCAUGUGACCAUAGGAAAAUCACGUCUGACUGCAGUGCAGAUGUACCUUAAUCUCUCUUUCACUCAGUUCCCCCUCUAUAAAAUGGGAAUAAUAAUACUUCCUUUAAUAAAUCUCCCUUUCUCCCACUUUUGUCUGUCUAUCUAUUUAGAUUGUGAGCUCUUUGGGCAGGGACUGCCUCUUACUAUGCAUAUGUACAGUGCCUUGCACAGUGUGGUCCCAGUCUUAACUGGGGCUUCGAGGUACUAUUUGAAUACAAAAAAUAAUAAAUAA